AUGUAUCGUGGUCACCCGGACACAAGCUGGAUGUAUCGUGGUCACACGGACACAAGCUGGGUGUCUCGUAGUCACACGGACACAAGCUGGGUGUCUCGUAGUCACACGGACACAAGCUGGAUGUCUCGUGGUCACACGGACACAAGCUGGGUGUCUCGUAGUCACACGGACACAAGCUGGAUGUCUCGUGGUCACACGGACACAAGCUGGGUGUCUCGUAGUCACACGGACACAAGCUGGGUGUCUUUUAGUCACACGGACACAAGCUGGGUGUCUUGUAGUGACACGGACACAAGCUGGAUGACUCGUGGUCACACGGACACAAGCUGGAUGUCUUGUAGUGACACGGACACAAGCUGGAUGACUCGUGGUCACACGGACACAAGCUGGAUGUCUUGUAGUGACACGGACACAAGCUGGAUGACUCGUGGUCACACGGACACAAGCUGGAUGACUCGUGGUCACACGCACACAAGCUGGAUGACUCGUGGUCACACGGACACAAGCUGGGUGUCUCGUAGUCACACGGACACAAGCUGGGUGUCUUGUAGUCACACGGACACAAGCUGGAUGUCUUGUAGUGAUACGGACACAAGCUGGAUGUCUCGUGGUCACAGGGACACAAGCUGGAUGUCUCGUGGUCACACGGACACAAACUGGGUGUCCCCUGGUCACACGGACACAAACUGGGUGUCCACUGGUCACACGGACACAAGCUGGGUGUCUCGUAGUCACACGGACACAAGCUGGGUGUCUCGUAGUCACACGGACACAAGCUGGGUGUCUUUUAGUCACACGGACACAAGCUGGGUGUCUUGUAGUGACACGGACACAAGCUGGGACUCGUGGUCACAUGGUGUCUCUUGUAGUCAAGCACGUGGACACGGACACAAGCUGGAUGUCUUGUAG